CAAAAUAUUGGAGCUCGUCGGUGAUGGAAACCAUGACCCGGUACUGGAGAAAGUGCUAUGGAUUCCGACAAUUUCUUCGAAUUUGACGCUUCGAUCCCGCCUGAGGAUGGAGCCCUGGAGAUAGGGCUCACUGAGGAUGAGGAAUAUGACGCUCUUAAUGAUGAAACAUUUGGCUCAGCGGCAGUGGAUGGGGACUGGGAGGAGUGCCACGAGCAAAUGGUAACUCUUACUGAAGCUAGACGUAUAACAAAUAAACAACAAGACUUUCACAAUUCUUUACAUCAGGAAGAAACAGGCUUUGUCAGGGAGUUCCAGAAUUUGAGCCUCGGAAGACAUGACAGCCAAGGUGGCAGAAUUUUAAACCAAAGUAGUAUGCCCAUCAAUAUCAUUGGGUACCAGUCUGUUCCAACCAGUCACUCCCAUAUAGGGUCAUCUUUGCUAGGGGGACCCGAUCUACCAGGCUCUCCGUCCAAUAGUAUAUGGACUCCCUCUCCCGGUGUGGACAAACUACGACCAGUUAUUCAACUUUCUCCGUCUAAUGGUAUGAGUCAUACUUUAGGACAGAUUCCUGGACUCUCCCAACCUGGCAUCCCUCCAUGUUUGGGCCUUCCAACAAUCAAGACUGUAGAUGAGGUUGAGGAGGAGAUGAAACUUCAACAUGCAAGGACGCAGUCAUCUCUUACUCUUCAAAUAAAUCAAGCGCUAAGAGCAGAAGACUUGGAGAGAGAGCUGGCUCGUCAGUCAAUCAGUAAGUGUCAACAGCAGCAACAACAAGGUUUAAGCAGUCUCCUGCAACAGAGUGCACCAUACAACCUUCAAAGGCAGGGAUCCUUCACUGGAGGAAUGUCAAGCAGUCCUAGUCAGUUCAGUCGUCGCUUCCAGAGACCCUUCCCUAACCAAGGUGAAGUAAAAAAAUUUUUGCAUGGUGUUAGUUAUUCGAAAGUACAGUGGAACCUCAACUUACAAGUUUAAUCUGUUCCAUGACCU